AAAUUGGAUUUUGUGCUGGAGAGACGUUCGCUGCGAUGAUGAUGAUUCACGCAAGCUUAUUGAAUUUUGUCGGCUUCCUCUUGUUUAGAAAUAUUCUCUCAAUAAGCAUAAUUUACUUUGAGAGGAAGUAGACAGGUUUAUGAGAUAAUAGAGUGUAGUAGAGUCUAUCCUACUGAAGUAUAUAGUUGAAGAAUGGAAUUUUAGGGCAAUUUGAGGGGUGAUUAAGUGUCUCAAUGAUGCCCUUAUUCAUACAGAAAUUUUUGUAUAAUAUGCAAUUGUUAGCAUCUGAAAUUCUUCCCUCUUUUCUCUUUGCGUCGUCCAUCAGCUCUAUCAAUGUUUUGGGAUUUUUUUCUCCCAGAGAUCGUGCUUUGAAGAUCUCACUGAAUCAUGUUAAGAGCGAGGUUAUCAGCGAUCGAGAACCAAUUAGUGAUUAUGUCUGUAUGAUGGAGAGUGCAAAAGCUGUGCUGUGUGUUGGAGAAGUGGGGAAAUUUCUCGAUGACAUCAUUCUGCACAACACAAGCAUUUCUUGGAAGAAAAAGCCAUACACAAAGAGUCGAGAGGAAUUUUGAGUCUGGACUGUAUGGCUGAGUUACUGGUUCCCACUUCCAGCGCUAAUCCGAUAAAUUGGAUCAACAACGAGUGUUCAGUUAGUUGGUGAAGUGACUCGAGUGCGAACGGUUUGAUUUUGGUUAUUUGUUCAAGCUACAAAGUGUUGGAGAUUUUGAGGUCAAACAUUUGUGUGAUUGGAUUAUCUCGGGAGCAAUGGCGAAUCUGAUGAAAGUUGUUCUUCUCCUCACUUCCUGCCUUGCCAUUUGCCAUGGACAUACUUACCACACAGGACAGUGCCCCAAUGUUGAACCCGCACCUGACUUCCAAAUGAGCCAGUUCUUGGGCGUUUGGUAUGUAAUCCAGAAGACUUCAACCGCAUCCACUUGCGUCGUGUACAAUAUUACUCGUGGUGAGGAGCCCGGAGAGUAUCAGAUUGAGCAGACAUCUCAGCACUUUGCUCUUGGACUGACUCCUCUCAAACACGAAUACAGCUAUACUGGUAUCCUAUCUGUUCCUGACGCAGACACUCCGGCAAAGAUGAAAGUGAGAUUCCCACUGAGUGUGGCUGGAUCUUCCAAAUUUCUUGUCUUCAUGACGGAUUACCAUCAAUAUGCUGGAAUCUUCUCCUGUCAGAAAGUUGCCUUUGCUCACAGACGCAGUGCCACGAUUCUUUCGCGCACUAAGACUCUCGAUAAGAUCUAUCUGGACAAGAUCAGGGCACGACUUUCAAACUACAAUGUUGAUCCUUAUGACUUGAGCAUUGUCAGUCAGAAUGACUGUCCCAAAAAUGGCAGUGAGGGCUUCAAUAUCCAUAUUGAUCCGAAUACCUUCUCAGCUGCUAACAUUGCCAGCGUGGUGAGAAGUGCUGGAGACAAGAUCGCUUCCGGAGUGGAAACUGCUAUCAAUGCAGGCAAAAAGGCAUACAAUAAACUCACUACUUCCAAGGAGGAUUCGGAUAAAACAUCUACAGAAUCCACUGAGACGAUGAACUACAGAACUAGCGGAAGAAUGCAGCAUGAUCCCAAUGCAGAAUGGAUUGCAUUUUAAAGAUUCUCUAGAAAUCUUCCUACAAGUUUAAGUUAAGAGGAAACUCAAUUCCAUUGUAACAACUGAUUCUCAAUUAAAUUUUUUACACAA